AAGAUGCCUUUCAAUGCCGAAUUUAUUUCGUUGGUAAACGAUGCAUUUGGUACCGAUAUGCCCUAUCAUGUAUUCCGUGGUUACACAAUUAUUUCUUCAGAAACCUACCACGAAAGGAAAACUUCGUUUGAUACAAAAGGAAAUAAAAAUCGUCCUAUUUGGUUUCUGUUCUCUGGAAUGGGCUCGCAAUGGAAUACUAUGGGUAGAGGACUUUUAGAUUUACCAAUUAUUGCAGAAACAGUAGAAAAAUGUCAUCAAGUAUUGCAAACCAAGGGAGUCGAUAUAUAUCAUAUUUUGACCUCCGAAGAUCCCACUGUAUUCGACAAUAUUAUGCAUUCUUUUGUUGGAAUCAUUACAAUCCAAAUAGCUCUAGUCGAAGUUCUAAAAGCAUUGGGAAUCAAACCAGAUGGUAUUAUUGGUCAUUCUGUGGGCGAAAAUGCAUGCGCUUACGCAGACGGAUGUCUGACUCUGGAGCAAGCGGUAUUGUCAUCAUAUGCUCGAGGAAUGGCAUCCAUAGAAACAAAAACAAUACGAGGAAUGAUGGCUGCAAUAGGUAAAGGAUACAAUGAAAUCAAGGACACAUUACCCGAAGGUAUUGAAGUAGCUUGCCACAAUUCGUCUACCAGUUGCACGUUGAGUGGGCCUACAGACGACGUUGAAAAAUUCGUGAAACAACUUCAAGACCAGAAAAUAUUUGCCAGAGCUGUUAACGUUGCCAAUAUAGCUUAUCAUUCUAAACACAUCGCUCCUGCUGCACCUAAUCUUUUACGUCGUUUGCGAGAGGUUCCAAUUCAGAUAAUAAUUUAUGAUCUAAACUGAUGGUCUCAUCAGCAUGAACUUUUCUAAAUUAUAAGCCUACGGUAAUUCCGUAUUUUAGAUAAUUCCCGAACCUUUGAAACGUUCGUCAAGGUGGAUAAGUACUUCGAUUCCAGAAGCAAAUUGGGGAAAACCUUUGGCUCAUCAUUGCUCAGCGGAAUACCUAACUAAUAAUUUAUUGAGCGCCGUUUUAUUCGAAGAAGGCAGCAAACAUAUACCUUCUGAUGCUUUGGUUAUCGAAAUAGCUCCUCAUGGAUUACUGCAGGCCAUCAUGAAACGAUCUUUAUCAGAAACAUGUGCCAAUGUUCCUCUGACUAGGAGGAAUAACGAAGGAAAAAAUCUAGAAAAUCUUUUAAAUGCUAU